UGAUACUGUCUUUCAAUACAGGUCAGAAAGGAAUGCAGUGAAAAAUGUAUGCAGUUCCUGUGUUUGCCAGGGCCAAGAUGGACUGGCAGGGUGACACGAAUUGGAUGUGGGAUUCGGUCUAUGGCUGGGCGCCCUGCGGCGCGAGGAGCGGGACUUGGGUCCAUGGUGGGAUCCUCAGGCACGGUGGGCGAGCACCGUGUUGGCCUUAACGACGUCCGCGGAGGGACCUUCCGGGACGUUUCCUGAGCGACGAACGACGCGUCCUUGCGACGUUGCACCGUUCGGCUGGAGCUGCGUUGGAGUUGGCCAACCGGAUCCAAACAUCAGAAGCACAGACUCUCCCUACAUCAGAGGGGUUCACAGAGGCACAGAUCAGCCCCUCUCUCACCCCCUGUCUCGAUGGCUGUUUCUGUCAACGAUCAUAAGUUCAGUGUAGCAGGCAAGUUCCAUCAUCAUUUUGCAAGUUGUGUGCACUGUAAUGAGUGGAAUUUCCAUUCGUAAGUGGACGAGAAAGGAGUGUUGCUUUGAGGUGGAUACGAGAUGAACGGCUUGCCGUGGAAAUACCAGGAGCCACACGGCUACCAGCCCUACCAGUGGCAGGUGCAAAACGAAGUGCCAACAUCGAGCGCUCCUGUAGAGGUGAAGAGCCCUUUGGAGCCGUCAGUGGUGCAGCUCAGGCCCGCCUCUUCGCUGGUCUUCUCGGAGUGCCCCGAUGAAGAAGACGUGAGGCCUCAACUUCCUUCUGGUCUCUUGGAUGACGAUGAAGAAGACUUCCAGGUGAAGACCAAGCGAGAUCGCCUGGAUAUGCGUCCCCAGCGCCUGCGUCAUCCGAUGGCUCCAAACCAGGUGCAGCAUCCGACGCUGCAAGCACAAUUUGGCAUGGCGCAGGCGCAUCCACUUCCCAGUGCGAUCUCCCAGCAGGUGCCCUACUCGCGUCCCGCCCAAGUAGAAGCUGGCAGUGCGAAGAAACAGGCAAAGGCGACGAUGCAGGUCUCCGCGCUGGCGCGGCUCUGGCGACCCGACGUCUCCACUCCCACAGGCCCACCGGUGGAGGUGUCUCCUGGUAUCACUGUUGGACAGGUAGACGUGUGGGGCAUGGCUUGUACGCGGGCUGAGUGGCGCAUCGAAGACAUCAGAGAGAAGUUGCAGGCCUCAAUGGGGCGGCCCUUGGUCUCGCCGCCCUUCUCGGCACGUGGCCUGCCCAAUCUGCGGCUCAUGGUCUUCCCAGAUGCCCGCGAGGCGGCAAAAGGCGUGCGCCAGCGUGAGCGUAAAGGCCUUUAUGCCACUAUGGUGAAGAAGGGUCCUGUCCAUGCGUCCUUGAAGUUGAAGGCAGACUGCCUACGGGAUGCCACCGUAUUGCGCUUUCACCUGACGGUUGGAACUGUGCGUUGUGGACCGUUUACCUACGACUAUGCAGAGUGCGCAGUCCACGGCUGCGAGGAUUUUAACAUCGACUGGCUCAAGGAGAUCGACGAAGCGUCGGAGUCCCUCCGCGUGGGGGUCGAGAUUCUGGACGUCGUCGACCCCGCGGAUUGUCCGCUGGAGCUCUUCGUUCUUCCAUCCAAUGGCUCGCACAGGAUGUGCAGAGACGAGUUCAGCCUAAUUCGGGGCGCCCUUGCGCCGGAGAAGGAUGGUGUAAGGUCCCGUGGCCCAGAUCUGGAGUCCGAGGAGCAUUUCCGACCAUUUGUACAUACUGUGCCUUGAGGCACUGAUCGACUGCCUGUAUGAUGGGUGCCACUGAGAUUCGCAGGUCAGAUGCUUCGCCUGAUCAAAGUAUUUUGCACAAACAAG